AUGGAUGCACAAGAAAAACAACGUUUGGAACGACAUUUACAGCGUGCUAUUUCUAAGCGCGACAAGCAUGUUAGGCAGAUGUUAAUCCUGUUCAAAUUAUCACAGACAGUAGAUUCUGAUCCGGCAUCAUUACCAAUGUUCAUUGCGCGUAAUCGAGAUUUAGAAUCACUCAUGGCAGAUUUUCGUGUUGACCAGGAUGACGUUAUGGAGAAAAUGUCAGAGCUAGGGCUCAUGGAUACGUUUGAGCGCGAACAUACUGACAUUGAAACCGUUGUCACGGACCAAUAUUAUUCUAUACAAGCCGUGGCUGGCGCGGUUGCUUGCUGUAAAUCAGAGACGGUAGUAAAAUCAGGUUCUCACAUCAACCUACCAAAAAUUUCGCUACCACAUUUCAACAGCGAUUUAAUUACUUGGCGAUCCUAUCGCGACACAUUUGAUUCACUUGUCCACGAGAAUCAGGACCUUACUAACGUUGAGCGAUUUCAUUAUUUAAUAUCCUCGGUCUCUGGACCUGCUGCUGCUGUGGUCAAAUCGAUCCCUCUCACUGGUCCCAACUAUGAAGUGGCGUGGAACGCAUUGCAUGAUCGAUUUGACAACCCGCGUCUGAUACUUCACGCCCAUUUGGACAAGCUAUUCGGAUUUGCUCCUAUCCACAAUGAAUCGUUGAAUGAUUUGAAUAAUUUCCUAAAUGUGUUCCAGGAGAAUAUAGCAGCGAUACAGGCUCUAGGCGUGCAUGAUUUGGCUGGUUUUUUAUUAUUUUAUAUCGCGUCGCGUGUUCUGGAUAAUCCGACAAAGCGUUUGUUUGAAGCUGACCAAGGCACGCAUGCUCUCCCUACGAUAAGUGAUUUGUUAAAAUUUAUUCAAACUCGGUGCAAAAUCCUUCAGAACAGUUCGAUGACCAUAUCUGAAAAGACACCUACACCCUUUACGCGACGAAGACAGGUAAUAUCAAAAUCGUCUUUGCUGGCUGCCACCAAGGAGCGUGAGCCUAACUGCUAUGCGUGUCAAGGGCCACACUAUGUAUACAAAUGUGAGAAGUUCAAGGGACUACCAACAUCAGCGCGAUCCCAGCUGGUGAGAUCCAACAAUAUGUGUUUGAAUUGCCUCAGUGGUUCACAUACGGCCUCCGCAUGUCCGUCAAAGUAUUCAUGUCGUACAUGUUCCGGCAAACAUCAUUCGCUGUUGCACUUCGAACCACGAAAGCGUCCGACUGGCAAUAACCUACAUAAUAAGGUGCCUUCGGCCUCAACGUCUUCGGGAACCCCGUCUGGUACCAUACCAGCCACUGACGAAGCGUCAUUCGUAGGUACCGCUAGCAUUGACAAUCUGAGUGUUCUGGGCACAGCUAUUAUUCGGAUAUGCAACCAACAGGGCCAGUGGGUACCAGUUCGGGCUCUAAUAGAUUGCGGAUCACAAAUAUCUGCUAUAACAACAAAAUGCGCGUCGCGGCUUGGGCUUACUCGUUGCAAUCGUAAAAUUAAUGUAAUUGGAUUGUCACAGAGCCCUAUAGUGCAGGCAAAAGGCGUAGUCGUGUGCACUAUAGUGCCACUCAGGCGAGAAGAUCAGAAGCUAACUUGUGAACCCGUUGUACUAUCCAAGAUCACCGGGCUGAUGCCAUCGAAAGUAUUGGAUUUUUCCAUCCGAAAUCAGUACAUGGAUCUUGAACUCGCAGAUCCAAAUUUCGAUCGUCCAGGACAGAUUGAAUUUUUAUUGGGCGCCGACGUGUACAACCACAUAUUCGUAAACGGUUACCACGUACGCCAUACGCCAGAGUUGCCUUCUGCUUUCGAGACAACAUUAGGUUGGAUUAUUGUCGGCUCCGCGGCAUCUUCAGUCUCUUCUCAAUCGCAAACAUCCCUGUCAUUGACCACUGAACCGUCACUCAAACAAUUGCUGAAUCGAUUUUGGGAAGUCGAGGAGCCUGUUGUUCAUCCUGAUCCGUUCACAGAAGAACAGAAAUGUGAAGAGAUUUUCCGCCGCACCACUGCAAGAGAUCCGCUGGGGAGGUAUUCCGUAUCGUUUCCAUUCAAAACCAAUCCUUCUGUUCUUGGUGAGUCUCGGUCAAUGGCAUUAUCAAGAUUUUUCAAUUUGGAGCGAAAAUUAAUCGCUGAUCCUGUUAUUUAUGAGGAAUAUAAAUCGUUCAUGAAGGAGUAUCUAACGCUUGGUCACAUGAAGAUCGCACAAACUCCAGGCAACUAUAUAAUUCCACACCACGCAGUGGUCAAAAGAACAAAUGGCAAAGUCAAAUUAAGAGUCGUAUUUGAUGCGUCUGCCACUACAUCCUCCGGAACAUCAUUAAACAACCUGUUAUUCAUUGGACCCAAAUUACAAUGCGAUAUAUCAGAUCUACUAGUGCGAUGCCGUUUCCAUGUAUAUAUGUUGACGGCAGACAUAUGCAAAAUGUAUAGGCAAAUACAGGUGUCAGCGACAGAUUGUUCCUAUCAGCACAUCUUGUGGCGAAACGAUCCAUCUGAAUCCAUACAGGAGUAUGCCUUGUCAACAGUGACAUAUGGAGUGUCUUCUUCUCCCUUUCAAGCCAUCCGUGUAUUGCAUCAAUUAGAAUUAGAUGAAGGUUCAAAAUAUCCUGCGGCACAAGGGAUAUUAUCCAGUCAGACUUAUGUCGACGACAUUAUAACCGGAGCAUCCUCAAUAGAACAAAUCAUGUCGCUGCAGAAGCAACUUGUAGGUCUGUUAGGUGAAGGUGGAUUUGAGCUGAAAAAAUGGGCAAGCAAUUGUCCACAAGUUCUCCAAGAUAUACCAAAGGACGACCAAGUUGUGGAUUUAUCAUUCGACCCAAAGGACGACUGUUCAAUCAAAAUUCUGGGGCUACAUUGGGAUCCGGCGACCGACAUGUUCAGUUAUCAUAGUGACCCAUGCGGCUCGCGACCAACAAAACGUUUAGUGUUAUCCGCAAUAGCCAAAAUUUAUGACCCACUCGGAGCCUUAGCACCCAUUACCUUUUGGGCUAAGUGCUUCAUGCAACUUUUAUGGAGAAAUGGAUAUGACUGGGACCAAUCAAUCCCCGACGACUUGGCUGUCUCGUGGAAUUCAUUCUCUACACAGUUGCCUUCGGUUUCACGAGUUAAACUCAGGAGAUAUAUUCCUAUUGAACAGUGUACUGAAGCUCAACUAAUAGGUUUUUCCGAUGCAUCCAAAAGGGGAUAUUCUGCGGUCGUGUACCUGCGAUUAUCAUAUGGGGCAGGAUCCGGCACUGUGCAUUUACUUACAGCAAGAUCGAAGGUUGCGCCGUUAAAGAACAGUCGAUUGGACGAAUCGCUUUCGGUACCAAGGCUGGAAUUAUGUGGGGCAUUGCUAUUAGCUCAAACACUACACCGUGCACAGUCGAAUCUAUCGUCAAUCAUCCACAUAUCGUCCAUUCAUGCAUGGACAGACUCGACAGUGGUAUUGUCUUGGCUGACAACUCGGCAACUUACAUUCAAAGUAUUUGUUACAAACAGGCUUAACAAGAUAAACGAACUUCUGCCCUCUGGUCAGUGGCGAUAUGUACCAUCAUUGCAAAACCCAGCUGAUUGCGUGUCCCGUGGCUUACUUCCUAACGAGGCGUUGCAACACAAUCUAUACUGGGAUGGUCCAUCUUUCUUACAACAGUCACCUGAAAGUUGGACGUCAUCACAAUUUGAAAAAAUUCCAGUCACGGAAUUACCUGAACAGAAAACCGUUGCAGAGACCCUUCACGUGAGUGUUACUCCGACAACGGAGAACGAUUGGCUUGACAAAUUCUCAUCAUUAACUCGCUUGAAGAGAGUAGUUGUUUAUAUUCGACGCUUCAUAGUCAAAGCUCGUCACAAGUCACAACAACGAAAUCCCACGCAUCGAUGUGACGAACAUCCACCUAUGCUUACAGGAUUCCUGACACAUGAAGAACUUCGUGAGGCUCAAAAGACACUAGUCCAAAUAACGCAACGUAACCACUUUCCACACUUAUUCAAUCUUAUGUCGUCUUCUUCAUCGUUAAUUAAACCUCGGUCAAUAGCUGUUCUCACCCCGUUCAUCGAUGAAUCUGGAAUCAUACGCGUGGGUGGACGAUUGCGCCGUUCAAGUGCACCGGAUGAUUUUAAGUACCCAAUGUUAAUACCAAAGUCAAGCGCGCUGGCGUCACUAUUGAUUCAACACUAUCAUGUAACCUACAUGCACGCUGGGCCCCAGCUUGUGGCGUCUUUGUUAUCUACUCAAUUUUGGAUUGUGUCAGGUCGAUCAGUUAUCCGUUAUGUUAUCUAUAAGUGUGUUACUUGUACUAGACACCGAGCAUCAAUGGUCAAAACUUUGAUGGGGGACCUUCCAUCCCCACGAGUGUGCCCAUCUAGGCCCUUCUCCAACGUCGGUGUAGAUUAUGCAGGACCGUUAUUGGUCAAAGAAAGUAAGCGUCGGAACGCACGAUCUACGAAAUGUUAUGUGGCGAUCUUUAUUUGCAUGGCGGUAAAAGCGGUUCACAUCGAAGUGGUCUCUGAUCUCACAACCACGGCAUUUCUGGCGUCAUUACAACGUUUUGUGGCACGUCGAGGAAUACCGUCAGAAAUAUAUUCAGACUGUGGUACUAACUUUCAAGGUGCUGCGUCUGAACUGCGUCGGCUGUGGUCAGGUCCUGAAGCACAAAACAUCUUUUCCAUUGCCAUUCCAUGUCAAUGGCACUUCAACCCACCGGCUGCUCCCCACUUCGGGGGAUUGUGGGAGGCAGCUGUCAAAUCCAUGAAACACCAUCUGAAGCGGGUAAUUGGCACCCAAGUGUUAACGUUCGAGGAAAUGUGCACCAUAACUCACCGAAUAGAAGCUAUACUAAACUCGCGACCAAUAACACCUCUUUCGUCUGAUCCGAACGAUUUAAAAGUGUUAACACCCGGUCACUUUCUCAUAGGUGCGCCCCUCGUCGCGCUGCCUAAUUCCGACGUGACGCAAAUUCCGAUGAACCGUCUCCAUCGAUGGCAGUUGUUAGAUCAAUUCCAUCAAUCGCUGUGGAAACGCUGGUCGAUAGAUUACUUGCGGUCAUUACAAGUUCGAUCCAAAUGGCACCGCCCACAGUCUAACGUCACAAUUGGUGAUCUUGUGCUAGUGCAGGCACCGAAUUUGCCACCUACACUGUGGAAAAUGGGACGGGUCGAAGAGGUCCACCCCGGAGAAGAUGGAGUCGUAAGGGUAGUUAGUCUCCGCACCAGCGAUGGCACCCUCAAGCGGCCCGUGGUCAAAUUAGCCCUUCUUCCCACAACUUAA